AUUCUCUCGAGCGGUCAAAAUGGCAACUACCACAAUAGAGAUCUGUACCCUCGAGAACGAGCCCCAGGAGCGCCCGCAGAAUCAACCGCCUACAGCCACCUCGGCCCAGCCGGUUGAGGCCCUCGACAUCGACCCAGCUGAGCCUAACUACCCAACAGGCACCAAGUUCUGGUUCACCCUCGUCGCUUUAGGUUUGAUUCUCACACUCGGCGGCCUAGAUGCCAACAUUGUCGCUACAGCCGUGCCCAGUAUCACCAACGACUUCCACACCGUCGCCGAUGUGGGCUGGUACGCUUCGGCAUUUCGGCUAUGCUCGUGUGCGUUCCAGUUCGGGUUCGCGAAGCUGUAUAAGCACUUCUCGAUCAGGAGUAUAUUCUUGCUAUGUAAUAGUAUCUUUCUUGUUGGCUCGCUGCUCUGCGCCACCGCUGCGUCGUCGACUAUGUUCAUUGUAGGGAGGGCAGUGUCGGGCCUCGGCUUCUCGGGCGAGCUGGCCGGGUGCUUUGCGGUUCUGGUGCACAUUCUCCCACUUGACAAGCGGCCUGUGUAUUCUGGGUUGAUGGCGUCUGUGGAAAUGGUGGCAAUUAUCUCGGCGCCUGUUGUGGGUGGUGCCUUGACGCAGUCGUUGGGGUGGAGGUGGUGUUUUUGGAUCAACCUUCCCAUCGGUGCUUUGUCUUUAGCAGCCAUGUUCUUCCUCUUCUCGGACCCAAGAACCCGCCAGGAAGAUGACCUCACGUUAACUCAGAAGAUCAGAGAGCUGGACCUCGUCAGCAACUUCUUGUUCAUACCGUCUCUCACAGCGCUUUUUAUAGCUCUUUCCUGGGCGGGCACAAAAUAUCCCUGGUCAGAUGGGAAAGUGAUUGCAUUAUUCGUCAUGUUCGGUGUCCUCUUCGCAGCCUUUAUAUUCAAUCAACACCGACGCGGCGACUCAGCGGUGCUUCCAUUCCGUAUCAUCAAACACCGGAAUGUCAUCGCGGGCUUCAUCUUCACGACCUGCACAAACUCCAUGACCAAUGUCCUCGAGUGGUAUCUGCCAACAUACUAUCAGAUUGUUCGAGAUCGGACUUCAGCCGAAAGCGGCUACCUGAUGAUCCCCAUCCUCGUCGGGAUGAUGCUAGGACUCAUGCUCCAAGGCAUCGGAACCACGACGCUGGGAUACUACUCCCCUUUUAUGAUAUUCGGCUCGAUAUGCAUGCCCAUCGCUGCAGGUCUGAUGACAACGUACACCGUGGACACCUCUCUCGCCCAGAUUAUCCUCUAUUCUGGAUUCGCGGGCUUCAGUGGCGGCAUUGGCUUCCAGGGUCCGCAGGCCGCUGUUCAGACGACGAUGAGUGCGGCGGAUGUGAACCUUGCCAUUGGGGUUAUUCUGUUCGGGCAGAGUAUGGGUCCGGCUGUUUUCCUUGCCGUUGGACAGGUGAUAUUUACGAAUCUAUUGGCGGGGAGUUUGGAGAGUAUUGUUCCGGGAUUGACGCCUAAACAUAUCGAAGAGACGGGGCUCGGGGAUAUUAAGGAUUUGGUUCCGGUGCAUAUGCUGGAUAAGGCUUUGGGUGCUAUGGAUAGAAGCUUGACGAGGACUUGGUAUCUUUCUGUUGCGCUGGGGUGUACGACGAUUGUAGGGAGUCUUUUGAUCGAGUGGCGCUCAGUGAAGAAGAAGCAGUCGUGAUGUUUCCGAGCUUAAUUCAGGAUACCAUACGGGUUAUUUAAUAUACGGUGUGGCAUUUUGUAUAUUGUCAAAUAGGUAUCCCUUUAGUUAAUAGCUAAGCUAUGCCAUCGCACCAUUUACUCUCAGAACC